UUUGGCAGGAAUGGUUACAAUCUCUUCUGUCGUGAACAGAAGUCUCUUUUAACUGGGGUACCGCAAAAAGAGAUAACAUCCACCUGGUCCAAACGAUGGAGAGCAUUGUCCAAAGAAGAGAGGGAAAAUUAUAGUAGGCGUUGCUUGCAGAUGAAGACUGAAAUGAGUAAAGAUUUUGUAAAGAAAGGAAAACAGAGAUUCCCCGGGGAGCCUAGAAUGCCAACUAGAUCUGUUUAUAUAUAUUUCAUCAAGCAUCAAAUGAAAAAUCUGAAGGAGGAAGUAAAAGGGGCCAGGGACCGCUUUGCUAUUGCCAGCCAUCGAUCUAAGAAUCUUUCCCAACAAGAAAAGGAACAAUAUCAGACAAUGAUUGAUAACGCCUUUAGUAUAUAUAAAGAACAGCUCCAGAGAUGGUUUGAGACAUUGACACCAAACCAACAGGAGGAAUAUUGUGACUGUAACCCAAGUAAAGUAAAAUACCUCAGAUAUCAAAGGCAAUUGAAAACACUUCACCAAACAUCGGAUUCUGAAGAUGAAGACUUGGAAGAGAGCAGCGACAGUGACGAUGAUGAUGAUGAUGAUGAUGAUGAUGAUGAUGACGAUAUUAUUGAGGUUGUCAUAGAUGACGAAGAAGUGGAAAUUCCCAUGUUUGAUCUAUUUUAAGAAAGCAACUGGCAGAAGCCUCUGGGUCUGAAGCUGAUGCCUUGGAAUGUGUUGUGUUGGUGACUUAUGUUAUAUUUUAUAUAAAAAUAACCAAGUUGGCCUCUGACAAUUGAAGCAUUCUUUAAUAAAAUUUCACUGCCAAUA